CCUCUAGUCAACAACUCACAUAUUUCGUAUCGAAUGCCUUUGUUGUCUCCCUGGCCUAUACACACCUACCCGAGUUCGAACCUAAUGCAUAUUCCGUAGGAGGCUUCCGAGUUCCAAGACGAUUCUUGUCUCUGUUGGGGAUGGGAGUGCUGUUCUGAUCGAUUCACGGCCCCUCUUCAGACCCCUCGAUCCCUAUCGAUCUCGAAUUCCGAUCCACCACUUCUUCCGCAGUCACGCGAGCUCUCUCGAGAUAUUGGACCGCAGAUUGUUUGAAUCGAUUUCCGACGUUGACGAAUCAUGACUUCUCUCCAGCGCACGAAUGGUGUCCAGUCUCCUGCCUUGGGAGUAGGACCUUCUUAUCGACCGGCAGAGGAAAAACCAACCGCAACCGUAUCGCGCGAGGUCCCCUUCGACAAUGUUCACGUCCUCAGCCAGACGCCACAGCUCAUUGCUCUGCUCACGUAGGUCUACAGCGGGAAAGAGUCGCAGGGCCAGAAGAAACUGAUUGCCGCGCAGGAUGAUUCGUGAUAAGAAUACCAGACGAGGCGACUUCAUCUUCUAUUCGAAUCGAAUUAUUCGUCUACUAGUCGAAGAGGGAUUAAAUCACCUUCCGGUCGUGGCACACAAUGUCACAUCUCCUGUUGGAAAGGACUACGUUGGAGUCAGAUUCGAAGGCAAGAUCUGUGGCGUUUCAAUCAUGAGAGCUGGUGAAUCAAUGGAAGAAGGCUUGAGAGAAUGUUGUCGAUCAGUAAGGAUAGGGAAAAUCCUGAUUCAGCGUAACGAAGAGACCAGCAAACCCAAGCUAUUCUACGAAAAGCUGCCAGCCGACGUCGCAAACCGAUGGGUUCUAUUGCUUGACCCUAUGCUGGCAACUGGUGGUAGUGCUAUCAUGGCGGUUGAAGUCUUGAAGAGCCACGGUGUUCCUGAAGACAGAAUACUCUUCGUCAACUUGAUCGCAAGUCCUGAGGGUAUUGAGAACUUUGCCAAGCACGUUCCAAAGGUUCGGGUGAUUACCGCCUUCAUUGACCAAGGUCUGAACGAAGCAAACUAUAUCGUCCCUGGCCUUGGUGAUUUCGGCGAUCGAUAUUACACAAUGUGAGCGUUGUAAUUUCGUGAUUCCACAACCAACACAGGUAUCACAAAUAGUGCCUGCUUCACUUCCUCCUGGAUGAACCCACCGAGUUCGUCUCACGCUGGGGAGCCUGCCGAGCAGUUUUGAAUGUCUAUUGCUGCGAAUGAAAAUUUCUCUAGGUGUAAAUGCGACCGAGAUGACGAAGAUAGAUGUCGCUGGCCCAGAUACAGAAGGUCAGCUUCAUCAGUUCCAGAGAUUUACGGAGUAGAGUCUAGCCUCUCUUCAGCGAUUUGCUUAGGCCCGAUAAUAGUAUAUUAUUAUGAUCCAUU